AUGAAAAAAUAAUUUCAAUUCUAAAAGAAACAUAAAGAAUGGCAAUAAGAAUUUUAAGAUGUGGAUGAUUAAGCAAUAUUAGAAAAAGUUCAGUUGCCUCCCUCUGAAGAUGAAGAAUAACCAGUUUAAUUAGAAUAAUAAAUACAAUAAAAGAAAUAAGAAGAAGAAAAUGAGAUUGAAAUUGUAGAAGAAAAGGAAGAAAUUAUUGAAUAAUCUAAUUAAAAAUAAAAAAAAAUUGAAUGGUUAGAUUCUGAUAUUGAAGGAGUUGAUGAUAUAGAUGAUGAAGAAGAAUUGAUAGAAGAUGCUAAUGAAAUUGAUCAUGAUCAAAAAACUAUAUUUGUCUAAGGACUUCCAUUAAAAAUAAGUGAUAAAGAAAUUGUUGAAUUCUUUUCAUAAUAUGGAACAAUUGUGUCUAUUGAAAUUCCUCGUAAUGAAGGAUCUUAAUUUACUAAAAGGAGAGCAUUUAUUGAAUAUAAUACCAUUAGUGAAGCAUAAAGUGUAACAAUGCUUGAUUUAGAAUUGAAAGGAUGUUAACUUAAAAUCAGAAUAGGUAUUUAAUAAAAAGAGUUAAAUAAUAAUAAAUAAAAUAGUAGAAGUAGAAGUAGAAGUUAAUCAAAAUGA